UUCUUUUAGGAAAGAUUUACUUCUCAAACUUCCCGUGUAAGGGGAAAGACCUAAUUUGUUUUGGCUUCCUUGCAGGGCUCAGAAAUAUCUUCUGCUUGUGCACCUUGAGCUUGCCCAGCUGGUGGUGGGUGAUGUGCUGAUACUCUGGGCCCUUUUCCUCCCCUCCUGGCUGGUGUGGCUCUUCCCCAAAGCGCUGGAGUGCUGCAGUGCUUCCUCAGGUGUGGGGCUGUGGGGAGGAGGAUGUGAAAGGAGCACAACAGCAAUGCUUUAACUCCCCUGUUUCUUCCUGCUUGGCUGGGACACUUGACUUCCUGUGGCUUACUGGGGAAUCGGAAAAAUUCCAAGUCCAGCAAUGCUGAGUGACAAUAACUCUUUGAAGCUGAAAAGUGAUCGUUCACCUCCUGUGCAAUGGUGUGAGGUGGCUGCACGUGAAGAUGAGAAGACCAAGCUGGUUUUUAAAAGAGUUCUUGUACUCUUUGUGGUUGGAGGGUGCUUCCUUUAUAUCCUCAAAUUACAUUUUGGCCCUGAAGAAUGUGACAGAACAAAAAUGCCGUAUGUGGACCUCGGUCGUGUAAGGAGAGCACAGCAGUACGCCAGCGCCGCAUUGCAGGAGCAGUGCCGACCUUCUCACGCCAAGAAAGAGAUGAGCAGGUUAUUUGCGGAGAAAUACAGCGUGGACGUAUCUCCCUUUGUAAGGAAAAAUGUAAAUGAAGAUGAAGCUUUAUUUAAAUAUGAGCCUCCAUUUGGAUUUCACAAGUUUGUUGAUAAGCUUAAAAAUCUUCUCGAACUCUUACCUGAGCAUGAUUUACCAGAAGAUUUGAAGUCAAAGCACUGUAAGCGUUGUGUUGUUGUUGGCAGUGGUGGAAUUCUUCAUGGAUCAGAGCUGGGUCACUUACUGAAUCAGUUUGAUAUUGUUAUAAGGUUAAAUGAUGCACCAGUUCAAGGAUACACAGAUCAUGUUGGUAACAAAACAACUAUCAGGAUGACUUACCCAGAAGGAGCCCCCCUCUCUGAACAGGAGUAUCCUCCUUCAAGCUUGUUUGUGGCUGUUUUGUUUAAAAGUGUUGAUUUCAAUUGGCUUCAAGCAAUGGUGAAAAAUGAAACCUUGCCUCUGUGGGUGCGACUCUUCUUUUGGAGGGAGGUUGCUGAGAAAAUUCCUUUUACAUCAAAGCAGUUCCGGAUUCUAAAUCCUGUCAUUAUCAAAGAGACAGCUUUGGACAUUUUACAGUUCCCUGAGCCUCGAUCAAAGUUCUGGGGUUGGGAUAAGAACGUACCUACAAUCGGGGUCACGGCGGUUGUUCUGGCCACACAUCUGUGUGAUGAAGUGAGCAUAGCAGGGUUUGGAUACGACCUGGACCAGCCCAGCACGCCCUUGCACUAUUACAACAACCUCUGCAUGGCUGCCAUGAACGGACAAACCAUGCACAACGUGACAAGCGAAACAAAACUCCUGCAAAAACUGAUCAAAGAAAAAGUCGUCAAAGACCUCACUGGGGGGAUACAUUGUGAGUUCUGCAGCAAAGACAGCUAGUGACUGAUGUGCAGCAUGGACAGGAUUCAUUAAGUCUCCAGAGGUUCAGCUGGAUCAACCCUUUUGCAAUCUUUAUUCCUUUAAAGUGUUUAUAAAAUGGACGUGGAAUCCCUGCUGCCUUUUUUAAUGUCACGUUCAGUUUGUUGGACUUGUAAAUUAAUUUCAUCAGAUUUUACUUUGCACAUUUUUGUGAAUAGCUAUGUAAAUAUGACGUGGAGUUGAAAGAGAUGUGUUUAAAGUAUUUAAAAUGUUUUAGGUUGUCUGAAUAAAAGCAGAUUUUUUGUUUUCAGAUGUAUAUGGAAUGCACAUGACUGGCCUGAAUUGUCUAACAGCAUACAGGUGUUGUUUUCCACUGAACUCCUGUCUUUGUUGUUCCAGUUCUUGGUGUCUGACUCCUUUUCGUGCAUACCAUGAAAAGAAAGGUGUGUGCCUCUCAAGUCUUUCAUUACUUGAAGUUGAGCAUUGUGUUCCCCCCUCAAAUAUUUAUAUUCUUUUGGUUUUAUGCUGUUACAUUUUUUGGUGCAAAGGAGAAAUGCAGGAGUGGAGUUGAAGGAAAAGGAAUUGUUGUGGCAACAACUGAGUAGUGAGUACCUUGGCGUUCGUGAUUGAUGUUAAAAUCAUUGGUGUAUUAAUGUAUUGGGUUAGAAUCCUACCCCAAUUAAAGAAGUGGCAUUAAUACAAAAUCUGCCCCCCUUUUUUUUUUCUUUUUGAGUGACUUGAGGAUUGCUGGUUCUAUAAAACACCAGUUUGUAGGAAUUAUUUUGCAAUAAUAGAAUCAUCACCUUAAUAGUUUGCAAUGCUGAUAACCCUUAUGAACUCUAGUGCUGGCUGUUUGUUUGAAGGGGGAGGUAGAGUUGUUGGUCUUCUACGAACUUUUAAGUCAGCAGUUGGGUGAUUGUGUAUUAGUUAACAAGAAAAUCACUUUGAGAAAGCAGUAUAAUCUAGUAACAAGCUAGAUAUCUGCUGAAAACAGCAUAUUUAAAAAGGAAAGAGAAGAAAGCUACAGAUAUAUGUUCUUGUGAAUGGAAAUCAGUCUUCUGCAAAGACACUGGGCUGUGCAGAUCUGUAAGCAAGUUUUGGUGUUCAUUUUUAUUUUGUAACUAGUAGAGUGUUAGAUAUGAGUGUUUGCACUGACUCGUGUUGUUGCUUAAUCUACAGUAUGUGAAAGAGGCUUUCUUUGGAAGUGAAAGCUGUUUAGCAAAUGGAUCAAAGGUUGGCCUAGAAACUUUGUUCAUAGUCAUGGACUCUUCACAUGGUGAACGUUCCCAGUAGUUCUGAAGUUUUGGAAUGCAAGAUUAGGGAGGUUGUGUUUUGUUAUUUUUGUUCCAUGAAGAGAAGAUCUAAUGAACAAUGAUGUUAGAAGGCAGGAGCCACAACUGAUUCUCACUGUUACUUGAAAAGGCAAUAAAAUGACAUCAGAUCAUAAAGCAUAACUCUGGAGAAAAUUGUGGACCUCAUCUUUCAUAAAUCCCAGGUACCUACGUGUCCUUGAAAACCAGCUGUGGGUGGUGAGCACAUUUGAAAAUCAGAAUUUUUUGUUACUGGCGCUGUCUGUGUUCAGAGCAAUCAUAUUAAUCCAGCCUCCUCCUCCGUGAAAGACAUUAAUUUUUACACUAGCAAUAAAUUUCUAGUCUGUGUUUUCCCUGGAAGUAUAAUAUAUUGUUUAAUUUAAAAGUAUUUCUCGUGUGAAGAGUUUUAUACAAAUAUCCUUUUAGUUAAUAUAUUAAAAUGCAAAUCAAAAUUAAAAUUAUUUUCUCCUGGUGUUUAAACUGGAAGCAAAAUACCCUAAUUUUAUUUAGCAUUAGUGAAAAUCUGGAAGAUUAUCAGAACAUGUGCAUUGGGGGGAUGUCCUGAACACACCUAAAGUAUGUGUUCCUGAGCGCUUGGUCCCUCACCAGCUUGCUUUAUUUGGCAACUUAAAAAUAACCAGGUUGAUUAAUGUAAAUGCCAGUAGCUUUCUGGAGAUGCUGUAUUUACUGUCAGUUUCUCAGGUAAUGCUGAUGUAGGAUUAGAUUGUUUUCCUGCGAGUGUUAUGGCUUGUGAUAAAACCUUGUUCUCCAUGGUUGUGUGUGCUGCUUUGAAUGUGCCUGCGUGGGCUCGACCCUCCGUGAAGGUGGCAGCAGAAAGAAAUAAACUGAUGAAACCACUUUCUAUUUA